GUGACUAUAUCCUAAGCCACAGCUGGAGAAGUUGAUAAUAUUGUUCAAUGUGUCAUUAAUUAUUUGUUUGGCCACCCAUCACCUUACUAGCCAUUAGGUCCGGUUGAUCUGUUCUUUUCUAUGAACAUUACUGUCCAGAGUUAGUACGAGAGGAAAGCCUUCUUACAUGUCCUGGCCCGAGCUGGGGAUUGAGUAGGGGUUUACCAAGACUUGAGUUUUGCUGCCUGAGUCAUUUGUAAAGUUACUCUUAAGCCAGGUUCGCCUAGGGAUUGAUUUAAUAUAAAGAAUGCCAAAUACCCAAAGUCAUAAAACAUAAAACCAAGCAAGUGGUGAAAAGGAUAAAAGUAAAAUUAAAAGUUUUGUAACUAGAAGAUAUCAUACGAGUCUCCACCCGUGGCUUAGGACAAAGGAGAGUACAGUACGUGUGAGGAACAAGGAAGCCUCUGCCAUGGUGUCACCUUUGGGGACAUGCAAACAACUACUCUGGCGGCUCAUAAACCUCUCAUUGAGGAAUUAAUGUCAUUCGCCAUUUCUACAAAAGAUUAUGUAGUUGUAUCAUUCAUCACCCCCAAGCUCAGUAUUUGGAUCCACCUCUGUAACUUCUUCAUCAUGUUUCACAAUGGCGGGGAUAUGUACACCAUCCUCCCAACCACCAUCAAGCCUCGUAGGCUCCAGCCAGGAAAGCGUACUGUACUGGUUUCAAUUCUGUUGUCGUUAUUGCUGUUGAUAUCACAAGUUAUGCGAGCCUUGCAGCUAGACCAACCUCCAAGACUAACCAAUGUCAAUGUCAUGCAGUCACUAGGAAGUCUCAACGAGGAACCCGAUGUACCGACAUGUAUUAAAACACAUCUGGGAAAAUCUUUUCGCCACCUGGGCUCCCAUUCCACCUCAUGUCGUCACCUUCCUCCACCACGUGGACUGUGUUCACUUGUGCAAAAUUUGUUCUUUAGCAGCAAACCCCAGGGCUGCAACCAUCAAACAAAAGUCACUUUUUGUGUCUCGGAGUCAGGAAGUAUAUCCUGCAAGUCCCCACCACAGUGUGCAAAUUUAAAUCAUUACAUAGGUGCUUUUAGUGAAGAGGAAGCGAAGAUUAAGUGGACACAAAUUGUGCAGAAUAAAUUGAAAAGGAGAGUUGAAUCCCAUAUUAACCAAGAAAAAUACUUUGGCUUUAUUUUCAUAAAAUGUUCGAACACUUCUGAACAAUUAAAAGACUUGGGACAACCUCAAUAUGAUGAAAACUCUGCUAAUGAUUAUUUUGAGUCAUAUACCCAACUUUUUCUUUAUCCAAGGAAGUUUAAAAAGUUUACACAAGAUCCAAAGGUGAAUAGGCCUAAUGUGAAUAUAAAUUUAGUGAUGAUUGAUUCCUUAUCACGACCUCACUUCUACAGGUCAUUACCAAAUACAGUUGAAUUGUUUGAAGGCCUCUAUGAGGGAGCUCACCCCAGAGUGUUUGAUUUUCAGUUUUUCCAGGCAGUGAAACAGAGAACUUAUGAAAACUUUCAGGCUCUUUUCUCGGGUUAUGUAAAUUCAACAGAGAUUCCUUUUGGCACAUAUGAUAUUCCAAGAAAUCCAUUACCAGUGUCACAACUAUUUAGUCUUUAUAAGAAAAGUGGCUACAGGACACUCUGGCUUGAGGAUUUAUGUUGGAACUGGGAAUGGGGAUUAAUCAAGGACUUAAAAGUAAUGAAUGAGACACUGUAUGGUCCAGCUUUGUGGCAAAAAUUUAAGAGAGCCCUUGCUGUUGCAAAUAUUGAUGACAUUGAUCUCACACUUGCUAGCUGUGAUAUUCUUAAUUCUAAUGGUAAGAAGGAUCCUUUUCAUGAUCUACCUGCUGUGUGCUUUAAUGGUCGACACCAUCAUGAUUAUAUGUUAGAAUAUGUCCAGAUUUAUCAAGAAUCUAUCCAAAAAUCAGGACAGCCUUUUUUAACACUCACUGUCACCGAUGUUGCUCAUGAUGAAACUGGCUUACGGGUACAAACUUUAGAUGAGCCUCUUGCUAAGUAUUCAAAGUUUGCUGUGGGAUUGAAAAACACCAUAACCAUCCUUUUUUCAGAUCAUGGAAGCACAUAUGGUAAGUUUAUUCAAUCUAGUCCAGAAGCACACGUUGAAACUUUCAAUCCAUUUUUUUUCAUGAUUGUUCCAAAAGAUGUACAAAAUCUUUUAGGAGAUGUUCAGAUGAGAAUUUUAAGAGAUAAUGAGAGACGAUUAGUCAGCAUGAUUGACGUACAUAACAUGCUCAUGCAGUUAUUAGGCGAGAAAAGCAAAGUUGAUGACAAAGAUUUUGUCGAACGAUAUGUGACUCCUGGUGGACUACUAAGCAGCAUAUCACCAACAAGGACUUGCAAUGAUAUCCCUCUCCUGCAGCCAAACUUAUGUAUAUGCCAGAACUUUGAGACAUCUGUGGAACCAUCUCACAUUCACAUGGCUCUUGCAGACUUUGGACUUGGAGUUUUAAACAAUGAGAUUUUAAAGCAACAUCGAGAAGAAGGGAGUAUUGGGUUUGGGAACUGUAGGCCUCUAAGAGCUAUUCACUUGAGGAAGGUUCUUGAAACACAUAUAUCAGUGGAGUUGAUCCGCUAUAAGCUGGAUGUUGUUGUACAGAGUGCGCAAGAAAAAGGUGAUGAAAACAAUGACUUAUUUUUCUUAACACUAGAGGUGGGAUCCAAGAAAGCAGCAUUGCGUCUUUUAUCCUAUGAACGCAUGAAUAUGUAUUCAGUUUACAAUGUUUGUCAGGAUAAAAGUGUUGAACUUAAAUUAUGUAUUUGUAAUAUAAAAAAUCAGAAUCAGAAUGCUGGCCUUCUUAGUUCUUUACUGUUUGGUAACCUUAUCCCUGAAUUUAACUUUUUUCAGAGGGAUGCUAAUUUAAAUUCCAACAUACAAAUGAUUGAUUUCCUUACUGUUCCACUUUUAGGUAUAAAGCCCAAAAUAGAUAUUGCUUAUCCGAGCCAAAACCCUUGUCUCUUUACGGUCAUUCAUAACUACAAGUCAGGCAUUACCUUGUUAGCUGCAAAUUUUUGUUCAGCUUUGCAUGAGGUAGAGAUAAUGAUGGAGGUAAACAACCUGAACUUGUCGUGUCCAAAGCACUCUAAAUUUUUACUACAUUCUGGUGAUGUAAAAAUGCUUUUUGGUGGUACUGUUGCCAAUCCAAAAGUGGCAUGGCAGUGGAGUCAUGAUAUUAGAAUUUUGUAAAGUAAGAAUGAAAAUUGAGGAAUGCAGUUGCUACUGCAGUCCUAAAAUGCAAAAAUCACAGGAAUAAGUUUUGCAUCUGCUGGGUAGUGUCAUUAUUAAGAGAGUUGUUACAUAAAUAUAGUGUGUAAGUUCAAGAAAGGGACUCCAUGUGUUGAUCAAGUGUUUACAUUAGGUUAGAUAAAGAAAAAGCGCUUAGGGAAGGGAAAGAAUUUGUUACGAGAGAUUCAUGAUUUGAAAACCAUAUGAUAGAAAUGAAUGAAAAGAAGAAUGGGAGAUAUUAAAAAUAUACAGGACAAGUGGGAAAUUGUUUAACAUUGUUCUGAGUGUCAGAAAUAGCUGUUCAGGGCAUGCUAUGGACAUAUUGAGAGAAUAAGAAAUGAAAGGAUGGUAAAAAAAAGAAAGAAAAAAAGAGUACACUUCAGAGGAGGAUGGUAAGAUGGAGGGAGGAACACCUGAGGAUGUGAAAGGAUCAGGCAAAGAAAGUACUAGAAAUCAGGAAAUUGCCACCCAGGAAGGAGCAAAACACAUGCAUAAUAAGAAAGCAGAGCAGCAAGUGGUAUUCAUGGUGAUGGUAUACUGUAGUAUUUAGAAUGAGUGAAAGGCAACUAAGUGUAGGUAAAAUUGUGAAUGAUAUUGUUCCUAAAAGGGGGUUGUGUGUAGAAGUUUUGGUAAGGGAAUCACUCGGAACACUUAACUAAAUGAACAGAAGAACUUAAGUGAUUCUUGCUGCUGUGGAUAGAUAGCUGUGUAACAAUUUAUUAUUAUUUAUAAUAUUGAAUUUGGUUUCUUGAUAAUUUCAGCAAUUUUCUUGGUAAAAAUAUAUGAUUAAAAUAUUGUUAAGGACUGUGAACAAACUGAUUGUUUGAUAUCUUGAUAAUUUAUCAGUUUCCCUGUGUUGGAAAAUUGAAGAUAUUCUGUAGACAAAAUCUGUAGAUAAAUAUACAGGGGUAUAGACUUAGAAUAAAAUAAGGGACAUAUGUGCCAAUCUGACAUUUUGAGAUAUCGUCAAUUUUCAGGGAUUUGUAGCCACAUGAGGACUUGGGGAAAUUAUUUUUCAAGCCUAGCUUCACAUGCUUUGAGCAUGCUGUGGGUAUAAGAUGUAUAAUGUACCAAUCAACAUAGAAUUGAAAAUAGACACAUGUCAUGGGAAAUUCUUAUCUCAAAUUUGAAUAUUUGGCACUUAGGCCCCUGCUUUAGGCGAUGUCUCAUUUCUUAAAAUUUUUAUUAACUUUCUUUCUUAAGAAUAAUGAUAUCAAUAGACUUAUGGAUAAAAUGUUCUAGUCAUCAUUUCUGUAUCUCCAUAACUGCUCAGGAUGUUGUUGCUGUUACCAGUACUGUACUAUACUACUGUAUACUGUACUUUAAGGGUGCAUUUCCAGUUAUUUUUAUGUGAACUCUUACUGUGAUAUAACUUUAACUUGUAAAAGGCAGAUAAGGGAUUUUUAUAUCUAAUGAAUAUUCUAAUACCCUGUAUAUUUAUUAUCAGUUACUUGAGUCAAAUACUUUACUGUUAAACUAAAAAAAAAAUCAGAUUACAGGUAUAAUUUGACAAGGGUGACAAAGAAUUGGUCAUCAGCUAUGUUACUGUUGCACACAAUGGGAAGUUUGAAGCAUGGGUGGGCUGGGGGUGUGGUAAAAAUGUUCUUUUAUUGCUCACAAAAUGCUUUAGUUAAAAUUACUCUUGAUAUUUUGAAUGUCAAUAAUUAUGGUACUGCUCUUUCAAAUAACUACUGCACUGCUUUUGUAAAUAUUGUACAGUACUGUGUUUUGUUCUCAAUUUCAAUUGUAAAUAUUUUGUUCAUAUAUUACAUUAAAUAUUUGGUGCAUAUGUACAGUAUACCACUGGAAAAACACUGGACAAUAGAAUUUUUUAGACUUGAAUGAGUUGUUUUUUCAUUAUACAGUAAUUCCCAUGUAGAUGUUUACCAGUUCAGUUACAUGGAGUUGUCUGUAAUUUUUUGGGCAUAUUUAGUGCACUCAUCAUGCAGCAUACAGGUAUCAAAUAAUAAUAAUAAAAAACUGUAACAGGUUUUUAGUUAUCUUUAUACGAUUUUUUACAUUAGAUAGUACUGUACUGUACUAUGCUUUUUACUUUUAUCCUCUUCACCACUGAUUGGCUCGUUAGCCACUUGGGCGAUCGGUCAUUUCUCUGUUAAGCACUGUUGGCAAGUACUGCACAUACAGUACUGUAGUGUCCAGUACUGUUUUUUGUUUUUAUAUCUUUCAUUCAGGCAAAUUUAAAGUGACAUGAACUUUUCUGCUAUAAACAUGUGUUGUGAUCUUUAGAUAACCUUCAUUAAAUUCAUAAGCACAUACAA